GAAUUGCGCCACUCUGAGAGUGCAGGCCCUAAUCUAAUCCACAAAGGCAGCACUGUCACUGCCUAGCUACUCCAUUGCUGCACUGCACUAACACAUCUCUGUUUCCACCGUGCAGCUCAGCUAGCAAUCUCUCCUCCUCCUUUCUGCUUCCCAUACCACCAUUUCGUACCGGACCCAUUCGGUCGAGCUGAGUGCAGCUGCUCCAAUGGCCACUCUGUACGCCGCCAUCUCAUUCUCGGCGAAGGUUGGGCGCUGCAAGGCACCUGCCGUAACUUGGAAGGGAAGCGGAGUAUCAGGCCGGAACCUCAUCUCCAUGGGGGCGACCAGAACGGGCCUGAUCUUCCUGAGACCCUCUCGCUUUCGCGUCUGCGUGGCGAAGGCGGAGACGGUGAGCAAGGUGAUGGACAUCGUGAAGCAGCAGCUGGCGCUGGGAGAGGACGCGGCGCUGACACCGGAGUCCAGGUUCACCGAGUUCGGCGCGGACUCGCUGGACACGGUGGAGAUCGUGAUGGCGCUGGAGGAGGAGUUCAAGAUCACGGUGGAGGAGGACAACGCCCAGAGCAUCACCACCAUCCAGGAGGCCGCCGACCUCAUCGACAAGCUCGUCGACGAGAAACCCGCAGCGUGAUCCUUCAGUCCUGCUAGUGCCACCUAGAUGGGGUUGAUAUCGCCAGGAUUUUCGCUGCCUUCUCUCUCUUUCCAUCCUAGCGUCGUUGUUCGUCAGACAUUAAUUCUUCCUUUUUGCUACUUUUAGCUGUAUUGUAUAUAUGUGCGUGUGUCAUGUAGACCGAAACAUGGUCCGGGAGCUCGAUUGCUUGUUUAGAGCUUAAUUUGGUUUA